AUGUUGUUUGGGGCAAGUAACCUUACUUUGUUUCUGAUGCUUAUUGCAUCAUGUUUUGCCAAAGAAACGACACAGGAGUCAUUCUCUUCCAAGGAAACACAAGAGCAAACAUUUGAAACGAAUACCAAUAGCGAAUUGUUAUGGGCACCAUACCGUUCUAAUUGUUAUUUCGGUAUCAGACCACGUUUUGUAGAUGCGACACCCUUUAUCUUUGGGUUAAUGUGGUUUGACACGACUAAAUUCGACUCUAUGACUAGAUUAAGACAUUUUGUUAGUGAUGAAGACCACUUGGAAAGAUUUACAUGGGAAGCGUACGACCCAAGACUAGGUGGUAGAGAAAAUAUUAUUGAUCCAGAAAAUAAUUUGAAUUUGACUAUUCAUUUUGCCAAGACACACGAUGAUCAAAACUGGGUUGUCAGAGUCAAUGGUAAACCUUUAGAUCCAACUUUAAACACUACUACAUCUGUCAUCCUAUACAUGAACCAAAAUAUCGGUAAAGACCCUGAAGGUCCAUCUAGAUUGAUGCAUAUUGAUAACGGCAAUGAACAAAAUGAAAACACUUUUGAAUUUACAGGAUAUUCCGAAGAUCUAGGCAAAUACGAAGUAUUAAUCAACGACAACUACGGUAAUUACUAUACAAAUGAUACAUUGGACAGUGUCGAAGUUGUUCCUGGUUGUAAUGCCUCCAGAACUAGUCACGUUGGUUUGACUAUCCCAGAUACUGAGGUCUGGAGAGCAAGAGAUAUUUUCCAAUCUUUAUUAACUGACUCUAUUAAGGAUAUUGUAAAGGAACUUGGUGAAACCAUUGAGCCUGGUCUAGUUCCAAGUGUUCUAACUUUAAGAAACCUUCAUGAGUUCGACCAAGGUAACUUCCACUACAUCCAAAAGACCUUUAGUAUGCGAGAGGAGAAAGGGUUUGAAUUCGAUGUAGUUUACAAUAAUUUGGAUUCAACUCAAACCAUCGAUUCUGGUAAAGAAGCAACCAAAUUGAUUAAUGAUGCAAUCUAUGAGAUUAAUGUCAGAUUCGAUAAUCAUUUUGAUAUCGAAGAUGUCGCCAACACCGGUGACAAGAGAAAAUUCGCUAUGGAAGUUUUAGCCAAUUUGUUAGGUGGUAUUGGAUAUUUCCACGGUUCUCAAAUGAUUGAUCGUGAAACUGUCUUAGAUGAAACCCAUUUCGAAUCAAUUAAAUUUGAACAUUUCAGAGAAGAAGGUCCAUAUAGUUUAUUUACCAGUGUUCCAAGUAGGGGAUUUUUUCCUCGUGGGUUUUAUUGGGAUGAAGGUUUCCAUCUUUUACAAAUUAUGGAAUAUGAUUUCGAUUUAGCUUUCCAAAUCGCGGUUAGUUGGUUCCAAUUGAUUGAUGAAAACGGGUGGGUUGCCCGUGAAGUAAUUUUGGGUCCUGAAGCAAGAAGUAAAGUUCCUCAGGAAUUCACUAUUCAAAGUCCUCAAAUCGCUAAUCCACCCACUUUAUUACUUGCCUUGAGUGAAAUGCUUACUAAAUUAAUUGAAAAGGAAAAUGAACCCGGAUUCUCUCAUUCUGUUGUUGAUGCUGAACAAGAAGAAGGCAUCUCAUCCCAAUUGGGUUCCAAUUUCGAAUACAUUCUUAAAUAUAGUAAGAUUAUUUAUCCACAUUUAAAAAACCAUUUCAAAUGGUUCACAGAUACUCAAAAGGGGUCAAUUGAAGAAUACUUCGAAGAUAUGGAAGAAGAUGAACAAUUCCAACAAGUGCAUCAGGACUUUGUCUAUAGAUGGUUGGGUCGUACCGUGACUCAUUGUCUACCAAGUGGGUUAGAUGAUUACCCAAGAGCGGAAUAUCCAGAUGUGGCUGAAUUGAAUGUGGAUACAUUAGCCUGGGUUGGUACUAUGGCUAGAUCCAUGAAAAACAUUGCACAUAUUUUAGGUUUGGAGAAAGAUGAAACCCAGUAUGCUGAAAUAGAAAGGAAAAUCGUAGAAAACUUAGAUUUGUUGCAUUGGGAUCCAAAGACUGAGACAUACUGUGACGUCACUCUAGAUUCUGAAGGUGAUGAUGAAAUGGAACGUGUAUGCCAUGAAGGUUAUGUUUCUUUACUUCCAUUUGCAUUAAAGUUAAUGCCAAGAGACUCUCCAAAGCUUAAGAGCCUAUUGACUCUAAUGAGUGACCCAGAUAAACUCUUUUCCCCAUUCGGUUUACGUUCAUUAUCUAAACAAGAUGAAUAUUUUGGUGCAGGUGAAAACUACUGGAGAGGUAAAAUCUGGAUGAAUAUAAAUUACUUAUGUCUAGAAGCCAUCGAGCAUUAUUUCCCUGAAGUGAUUGCUGGGUCUCAUGAAACCAGCGAACUGCAUGAUAAACAAGUGAGUAACAUGGCUAAGAAACUAUACACUACUUUAAGAGAAAACCUAAUCAAUAAUGUCUAUGGUAAUUGGAACGAGACUAAUUACGUAUAUGAAAACUAUGACCCGGUAGAUGGCCACGGUACUGGAUCAGUGCAAUUCACUGGUUGGACAUCAUUGAUUGUCAACAUACUGAGACAUCAAGGUGUGUAG